CAUAAUUUGUUUUUUUCGCCGAAUCGGACUUCAGACACUCCAGCGUUGUUUUUGUCCGACAUGUGACGCGCUACUUUUUCUAAAGAUGAGACGAACGCUACUCCUCUACUCUGGGGGUUUUGUUACGGGGUUACGGGGGCGUGGCAUUGUCCGAUCAUAUUCUGACUACGCUGGUUACAUGGUAGAGAAAAUCGAAUUCCAAUCUCAUUAUCUGGGUGUCUUAAUCAGAGUUCCUAAACUCUGAUUAUAGUCGGACUAAGGUGUUUACAUGACCUUCAGUUGUCCGGUCUUAAUCGGAGUAAGGCGAUAAUUGGGUCUUCUUGAGUGUCAUGGAAACGGACUGACUGAGUCCCCAGAUCUUAGUCCAGUCGAGCCCCUUUGGGUGGUCUCAUCUCUGAGGAAGCAUUGCGAGAAGAAUCAAGACAGUUCUCACCGCAAAAGGGGUCCAACCCAGUACUAGCGAGGUUUAUCUUAUAAAGUGCACAAACUGUGUGCAGUUGAUCCUGCAUACAGGUGACUGGUUAUGCAAAGUUGGUGCAAACACACUAGAACUUUGUGUUAACAGGCGUGGAGCACUUUAGCCCUCCAACACUCGGACAUUUGUCCGUUAAACCUGGUUUGUCUUCAGCCCCGUUUGAUCUGAUCCCCAACUUUGGAAGUGGUCUUGAUGGAUUGGAUCUGGAUGGGGUCUAAAAGUGCACCUAGAGUCUUUCUCCUGAAUGCCACCGUGCUCACGGAGCGAGUGGAUUUUCCGCUGAGACAGGGACUGUAUCCUCUGUGUUUGGGGUGUCUCUCCUACGUUUUUAGUUUAUUUAAAUUGAGGUUAAUCCACAGUUUCCAUGAGAAAAGCGCCUUUAAUAGUUCUGGACUCCUCACUGUAGAACCACGUCCUGAAUGGACUCUAGAUCCGACUAACAAACUGCAGAAUUUCGCCACGCUGACUGAACUGCUUUGUGUUUUUCUGCCCUCUGAGAAGCGAAGCAGACCUCCACCCACGCAGCAGGAUUAAUUCAGCGCUACAUCAAAGCUGUGGGCAGCCGUGCGGACUGUGACUGCUCGCCUGAGACCACUUUUCCUGGAGCUGACCUCCCCGAGAUCAGGGUCCACCUGAUAACACGGCCGCCAGGAUCACUGAGGCGUGUCGGCUCUUCAUUUCCAGAGCGUAGACGGCGUUUCAUAGAUUUUUAUUCAGUCUCAGAUGAAAUAAAAGAAAAGAGUGAAAACCACACAGUGAAAGCAGACAGGACUCAAACUGAGUUUGGCUUUUCAAACAUGCUUGGAUGUUUUUUCUGAGCUUCUUUUUGUUUAUGAAUCUCUUCCUGACGUCCUGUAGAUUCCCCUCAAAGGUUUUUUUAACUUUCUAAAGGUCGGUUUUUGACACGGCUCCGUGAUUGAAACGUUUUGAUGGAGAGAUUAGUCCAAUAUUUAUCGGUAAAGUUCCUAUAAAAGGAAAGAUCUCCUCAGGCGUCUUGAAAACUUGUCUUCAAAGGCGUCACUGAAGUCUCCUGCUUCGUAUUUCUCUGCUCGUUUCACAGCGAGGAUCGAGAGAUGUCGGCGUCACUCAGUCUUUCAAUCCGACGUCUUGUUAACUUUUGAUGGAUCCUGCGGUUUGGUGCAGAUAUCCUGUGAGCUCAGAUGAAUCAUACCGACCUCUCUGACCCCUGAUUUCAUUCUCUUUUGUUUUAAACGAGCGUUUUAUCAAAAUCAGAGAAACUGUAGAGUCUGAAUCUGAAGGUGAUGUUUGUAGAAUGAGGAUAGAAUGGAAUAGAAUACGGUGGCUGUCGAGGGCCAAAAGAGAUUUUCACAAUAAAAAUGGCGCCAUUAACAACAAACACAAGGUACAAGAUGACGAUGUUCUUCAUCACCAGCUGCGUUUACGUAGGCACGAAUAAUCAGAAUAAAAAAGCGUCACGUUAACAUGUCGAUCCGAUCAAGAGGGGUGAUUUAUGCCGAUCGUUAUUCCGAAACUUCGUCCAUGUAAAUAUUUAUUCCGAUCGUGACUCUCUAACGUGACUCCGUCUUCACUCUUUAGUUAUUGAGGUCAGUUCAGGAGGUUUAUUAUCAACACAACCGCAGGUGUCAUGUCUGCUCCUCCGGUAACGUAACAAAGCGUAAUGACGUCACAUCUGUCCGCACAGUCCAACCUUUGACAGAACAGUAAAAUAAGUACGCAGGGGCGCCAUCUAGUGACAACAUUUAAGAAGGGGGAAACUCCUGAAUCGGCUGAAGUGAGACACGACCGCGUCUGUUGGUUUGUUGACAGAACAGGCAGAAAUACGACUCUUCUUCUCAGAUGACUCUUCACAUGUUCGAAUGGUUCUAAUCUGUCCUAAUCUGUUGUUUUGAGUUUCAAUAAUCCCACGCAUUUACAUUUAACACACUAUAGCCCUAAAACACUAUAUUCAAAUAAAUAUUGUGACUGCAAAUACAAAUUACAACAGGAACAAAAGUUUAUUACCAGAAAUAAACAUAAACAAUCACCCCUUACUUCGAUCUGGUGACCCUUUGAGUCCAUAAAGUAAAAUAAAAAUGAAAAUACUCGGGGUUUGAUGGAGCACUUCCUCAAAUGAAGUGCACUUAUUAAUUUCUCAUGUUUAAAGAAAUAACAUGUUAUAAUAGAUGACACUGAUCGUCCUGAGGAAACAUCAGCAGGAUCUCUGACAGCAGCUCUGAGAUCCUUCACCUUCAUGUUUCUGUAAACUAACAAACAGACCUUCUUCAGCGUCAGUCUUCAAACAUCAAUCUGUCUUCUUUAAAUAAAAUAAUAAAAAGCUCACACUCAUGUUAACGUCUGUCCUGAUCUUUUUUUAAUUUUUCAUGUUUUUGUUUAAUUGGAUGAAAACUCUGAAAAGUCCGAUCUCACUCUGUCCUCCCUGUGGACGUUAUCUAAGUCAUAAUAAUCUGUUCAAUAUAAUCUGAUUUAAAUGUGUUUCUGCUUGUGCACUGAGCACACCAGGUUGUUUUUGGAUCCGGUCACUUAUGCGUCUUCUUAGGAAUAACUCUCUCUCUGCAGCCCCGGAGGCUUUUCUGUGAAUGUGCGCCGACAUGGAAGAUGUUUUUCUAUCCUAGAUCUGCAGGAUCAGGCUGACAUCUCUUCUGCAAACGACAACAGUCUCCAGCAAAGUGUUUGCUUACUUUCUCACCACAAAUCAACAUUUCUGACAGGCGGCGCAGAUGGUGCCGAACACUGAGAGAUUGACUGAAUCCAGCAUUAAAAAUAAACUGAGUGGAUGUCACCGUCCUGAUGCUGCAGAUGAGACGAACUCCAUCUGCUUUAAGUUUGAAGAGUUUGACUCUUUGAGAGAAGAUCCAGGAGUCCCGGGAGGACGGAGAUCUCUUGGAAAUUUCCUGACAAUAUUCAGGAGUGACAAACAUGAACGCUAACUUCCUCCAUCCUGAAUUUCUUCAACAGCUUCUCGGUUAAAAGUCUGACUGUUCUUGAGUUUCAUUUACAGAAACAAAGUGUGUGUGGUAGGGCUGGACGAUCAACUCAACAUUUACAACAACAACCGACGAUACGACAAUAACCGACGUCAGUGUCAAACAAAUAAAUUAAUAACUAAAUCAAAGUUGGUUUUGGAUGUGUGUAGGUAGGCUAUGGUCUCAUGUCCCUUUAAGACGCUGUCCUACAUCAGAGACGUGACUCCACCCCAUCCAGUCAAAGAGGGAAAGAGGUGAGAAGAUGGAGGAUGGAGAGAAAGUUGGAGCGGCUGAAGUAGACAAAGUUAAUGUUGGAGGGGGUGAGCAGCUUGUGGAGUAGUUAUCAUCAUUUAUCGUUAUUGAGGUGAACUGAUCAAUAUAUCAUGAUAUUGAUUUGAGACUGUAUUGCCCAGCUCUAGAGUGUGAUGAGAAAGCAGAUCUUGAAAUAUCAGGGUCUGAGGGUCCUGAAGUUGUCUAGAAAGUCCCUGAGAACCCACCAGGAGGGUCUGCUUUGUAAAGAAGACUGGUCUGGGGUCUGAUCCUGGGAGGGUUGUGGCUCUGAUUCUGGUCUAUGGAGAGAAAAAUCACUAAGAUGAACAGAGUCUGACAGGAUAGAUCUGUUGUUUUUAGAGGACUUGGUCUAAUAGAUGUCUCGGUCUGGACUCAGACAUAUGGCGUCUUGGUCUCAUCGUGUUUACAAAACUGUAAUUUUCUGUUCGGUGACUGAGUCACAUAAACAAACGAGGAGCAGCUGUUUGAGAGGAAUCUAUAAUAGAUCCUCUUCAAACGAGGAUCAUCGACAGCUUUCAUCAGAGUCGCUCACAUGCAGGUCCAGAGCUGAUCAGGGGUUCAGAGUCUGCUCCUGGUCCAGUCAAGGUGAAAGUCAAAAGCAUUGGUGCUACUGUAGAUGCCAACAGACUACCAGCAAACACAAUGUUUGCAGGACUUCUACAACGAGGAUAAAGUGACAUAGUCCAGGACCCGAGGGAGGACAGUUUAGCGAUGGCGCUACAACACGCUACAGCAGGUCCGUUUGACAAGAAACACUUCUGUUACAGACACUUGUCUUACUUUGUUAAAGCGGUUUACCUGUCCAGCAGAAAGGUUACAGGGUCACCAAGAUCCCCAAGCGUCCCCCAUGGUUUAUGUUGACCCGGCUUUUUAGCUCUUGUCCGGUCUACCUCCGUUUUAAGCGCCCGUUAUUCCUCCAGAGUCUCCGGUAUUUACUUUGUUUUCUUGCUUGUGUCGGCAGUCGUGGCCAAAGGAGGAUUCAGACAAUUUUCCGAACUUUCUGGUUGGUUUCUACUGUCCGAUAUUGUAGCACGCUAACUUUGUUUGGGCUCCUGAACGACACGGGGGAGCAGCAUUUUCUUGCUGACUGUUUUCGUGUUGACUGUUUUGGUGUUGACUGUUUAUGGUUGACUGUUUUCUUGUUGACUGUUUUCUAGUUGACUGUUUUCUUGCUGACUGUUUUUUGUUGACUGUUUUGGUGUUGACCGUUUUCCUGUUGACUGGUUUGGUGUUGACUGUUUUUUGCUGACUGUUUUCUUGUUAACUGAUUAUAGUUGACGUUUUCUUGCUGACUGUUUUUUGUUGACUGUUUUGGUGUUGACCGUUUUCCUGUUGACUGGUUUGGUGUUCACUGUUUUUUGCUGACUGUUUUCUUGUUGACUGUUUUCUUGUUGACUGUUUUCUUGUUGACUGAUUAUGGUUGACUGUUUUCUUGUUGACUGUUUUCUAGUUGACUGUUUUCUUGACUGACUGUUUUUUGGUGUUGACCGUUUUCCUGUUGACUCGUUUGGUGUUCACUGUUUUUUGCUGACUGUUUUUUUGUUGACUGUUUUCUUGUUGACUAUUUUCUUGCUGACUGUUUUCUUGUUGACUGAUUAUGGUUGACUGUUUUCUUGCUGACUGUUUUUUGUUGACUGUUUUCUUGUUGACUGAUUAUGGUUGACUGUUUUUUGCUGACUGUUUUCUUGUUAACUGAUUAUAGUUGACGUUUUCUUGCUGACUGUUUUUUGUUGACUGUUUUAGUGUUGACUGUUUUCCUGUUGACUGGUUUGGUGUUGACUGUUUUCUUGCUGACUGUUUUCUUGUUGACUGUUUUCUUGUUGACUGUUUUCUUGUUGACUGUUUUCUUGCUGACUGUUUUCUUGUUGACUGUUUUGGUGUUGACCGUUUUCCUGUUGACUGUUUUGGUGUUGACUGUUUUUUGUUGACUGUUUUCUUGUUGACUGUUUAUGUUUGAGUCUCUUCUUGCUUGUGUCGGCAGUCGUGGCCAAAGGAGGAUUCAGACAAUUUUCCGAACUUUCUGGUUGGUUUCUACUGUCCGAUAUUGUAGCACGCUAACUUUGUUUGGGCUCCUGAACGACACGGGGGAGCAGCAUUUUCUUCUUGACUGUUUUCUUGUUGACUGGUUUGGUGUUGACUGUUUAUGGUUGACUGUUUUCUUGCUGACUGUUUUCUUGUUGACUGUUUUCUUGUUGACUGAUUAUGGUUGACUGUUUUCUUGUUGACUGAUUAUGGUUGACUGUUUUCUUGCUGACUGUUUUUUUGUUGACUGUUUUCUUGUUGACUGAUUAUGGUUGACUGUUUUCUUGCUGACUGUUUUUUUGUUGACUGUUUUCUUGUUGACUAUUUUCUUGUUGACUGAUUAUGGUUGACUGUUUUCUUGCUGACUGUUUUUUUGUUGACUGUUUUCUUGUUGACUGAUUAUGGUUGACUGUUUUUUGCUGACUGUUUUCUUGUUAACUGAUUAUAGUUGACGUUUUCUUGCUGACUGUUUUUUGUUGACUGUUUUGGUGUUGACCGUUUUCCUGUUGACUGGUUUGGUGUUGACUGUUUUUUGCUGACUGUUUUCUUGCUGACUGUUUUCUUGUUGACUGUUUUCUUGUUGACUGUUUUCUUGCUGACUGUUUUUUUGUUGACUGUUUUGGUGUUGACCGUUUUCCUGUUGACUGUUUUGGUGUUGACUGUUUUUUGCUGACUGUUUUCUUGCUGACUGUUUUCUUGUUGACUGUUUUCUUGUUGACUGUUUUCUUGUUGACUGAUUAUGGUUGACUGUUUUCUUGCUGACUGUUUUCUUGCUGACUGUGUUUUUGUUGACUUUUUUCUUGUUGACUGAUUAUGGUUGACUGUUUUCUUGCUGACUGUUUUUUUGUUGACUGUUUUCUUGUUGACUAUUUUCUUGCUGACUGUUUUCUUGUUGACUGAUUAUGGUUGACUGUUUUCUUGCUGACUGUUUUUUUGUUGACUGUUUUCUUGUUGACUGAUUAUGGUUGACUGUUUUUUGCUGACUGUUUUCUUGUUAACUGAUUAUAGUUGACGUUUUCUUGCUGACUGUUUUUUGUUGACUGUUUUGGUGUUGACCGUUUUCCUGUUGACUGGUUUGGUGUUGACUGUUUUUUGCUGACUGUUUUCUUGCUGACUGUUUUCUUGUUGACUGUUUUCUUGUUGACUGUUUUCUUGCUGACUGUUUUUUUGUUGACUGUUUUGGUGUUGACCGUUUUCCUGUUGACUGUUUUGGUGUUGACUGUUUCCUUGUUGACUGUUUUCUUGCUGACUGUUUAUGUUUGAGUGUUUUCUUGCUUGUGUCGGCAGUCGUGGCCAAAGGAGGAUUCAGACAAUUUUCCGAACUUUCUGGUUGGUUUCUACUGUCCGAUAUUGUAGCACGCUAACUUUGUUUGGGCUCCUGAACGACACGGGGGAGCAGCAUUUUCUUCUUGACUGUUUUCUUGUUGACUGGUUUGGUGUUGACUGUUUAUGGUUGACUGUUUUCUUGCUGACUGUUUUCUUGUUGACUGUUUUCUUGUUGACUGAUUAUGGUUGACUGUUUUCUUGUUGACUGAUUAUGGUUGACUGUUUUCUUGCUGACUGUUUUUUGUUGACUGUUUUCUUGUUGACUGAUUAUGGUUGACUGUUUUCUUGCUGACUGUUUUUUUGUUGACUGUUUUCUUGUUGACUAUUUUCUUGUUGACUGAUUAUGGUUGACUGUUUUCUUGCUGACUGUUUUUUUGUUGACUGUUUUCUUGUUGACUGAUUAUGGUUGACUGUUUUUUGCUGACUGUUUUCUUGUUAACUGAUGAUAGUUGACGUUUUCUUGCUGACUGUUUUUUGUUGACUGUUUUGGUGUUGACCGUUUUCCUGUUGACUGGUUUGGUGUUGACUGUUUUUUGCUGACUGUUUUCUUGCUGACUGUUUUCUUGUUGACUGUUUUCUUGCUGACUGUUUUUUUGUUGACUGUUUUGGUGUUGACCGUUUUCCUGUUGACUGUUUUGGUGUUGACUGUUUUUUGCUGACUGUUUUCUUGCUGACUGUUUUCUUGUUGACUGUUUUCUUGUUGACUGUUUUCUUGUUGACUGAUUAUGGUUGACUGUUUUCUUGCUGACUGUUUUUUUGUUGACUAUUUUCUUGUUGACUGAUUAUGGUUGACUGUUUUCUUGCUGACUGUUUUUUUGUUGACUGUUUUCUUGUUGACUAUUUUCUUGCUGACUGUUUUCUUGUUGACUGAUUAUGGUUGACUGUUUUCUUGCUGACUGUUUUUUGUUGACUGUUUUCUUGUUGACUGAUUAUGGUUGACUGUUUUUUGCUGACUGUUUUCUUGUUAACUGAUUAUGGUUGACGUUUUCUUGCUGACUGUUUUUUUGUUGACUGUUUUGGUGUUGACCGUUUUCCUGUUGACUGUUUUGGUGUUGACUGGUUUGGUGUUGACUGUUUUCUUGCUGACUGUUUAUGUUUGAGUGUUUUCUUGCUGACUGUUUAUGUUUGAGUGUUUUCUUGCUGACUGUUUAUGUUUGAGUGUUUUCUUGCUUGUGUCGGCAGUCGUGGCCAAAGGAGGAUUCAGACAAUUUUCCGAACUUUCUGGUUGGUUUCUACUGUCCGAUAUUGUAGCACGCUAACUUUGUUUGGGCUCCUGAACGACACGGGGGAGCAGCGUCUGCCUCACAACCAAUCAGGUUAGAGGAGGUGGAGAACGGCUUUGUUUACAGUCAGAAAGAGCGGACCGCUCAAAAAUGUUCAAAUGUUGACGACACAGACAUAAGAGAACACAGAGAUAUCGAUAUUUUACCAAAUGUCAUCAAUAACUAAUAACUAUUGACUGACAUUAAAGAUGUUUUGUUGCUCCUGCCUACCUCACCUUUAAGUUUUCAGCUGUUAGUCUCUGACUGAGUCCAGCGGCGGACUGAAGGUCGUGACCGUUUGCGGCGCGCUGAGAAACGAGGAGUAGUUUCUUUCUUUUCUCGCUAAAUGAAAUCUUGCACCUUGACAGAGUGACCCGGCUAACUGGUGAAUGUGUCAGCGGUCGUCAUGGUUACGGCAGCUGUUGAAGGUGUCCUUGUAAGAGAAGCUAAAGGGGCUGAGCGGAUCCAUGAAGCUCUGAGACGUGUUGAUCGGUUCAGUCUGUUUAAAAUUCGAUUAAUUACGACCGUCUGAAAUAAUCUUAAUGAAAUAUAAAAAUAUUCAUUUAGGGAGAAGAACUGAGGAGGAAAAGACACAAAGAUUUGUUUUUUCAGAGCGUGGACUUCUGCUUGUUUGGCCCUUUUUUCAGCUCCUCCUCCUCCUCCUCCUCCUCCUCCUCCUCGUUUCUUCGCUCCCUCGGGUCUUCAUUAUGAGAGAAGUUUGUUUGAUCUUUUCUUUCUUUUCUCUCUGAACCUGGAGCGUCACUCCGACUCCCCGGGGAGUUCAGACCGUCGACACCACCACUAAAAACUGCCGCCAUUACACACAAACAAACAUCCUUUCACUGUCGUUACGCCGACGGAGAGCCUCGCUGACACUCCUCAGAGCGGAUUUAUUCUCUGACAAAAACUCCUGAUUGUUUUAGCGGAGAGUAAAUACUGUGAGCAGCGGUGAAUGGAUUUCUCCCUCUGCUGCGGCGGGACGAGUAAUCAGACAAAAACGAUCAGUCGUGCCUCGCUGCCUUAAGUACAAUUAAGCUCUAUAAUUAGUUUCCAUUUAAAGAGGUCGAUUUGCUAUAAACAUACAAGAGCAGCGUUCACUUUCAGAGCGGUAAAUAACUCCGAGGCCUCGGCUGUGACGCACCGCGAGUGAACGAGGAAAGACGAAACACAAAACGGAAGAAAGAAAGAAAGAAAGUAAGAAAGUAAGAAAGAAAGAAAGAUUCGAUGAAAUCCUCCAGACCGUCAGAUUCACACGACAGGAUGAGCAGCGAUUCACUCCAGUUUAUGUAAAAACGCCGAAGAGUCUGACACACGUGGAAAUGUUUACCAUCCUGACAAAAUGUUUCGAAACAAAAACAAAACAAUUUCCUGUCAACUUUACAAACUGAUCGUGUCAAAAAACACUAAAAAGUGUUCGCAAUAAACGGCGUGAAUCCGACUCAAAAUAAAACACAGGAAGAGAAACCAGGAGGCUGUAAAAUCCUCCUCUGUUCAGACCUGAAAACCUGAUCCAGAAGAACAAAACCAGCACCUCUGAGAUCCGGUCUCACCUCAGCAGAAUUUUAGCAGAACUCAGCGGCGUGAGAAACUCUGGAGUCUCUGUUCACACCGACUCACUCAGGUAAAGUCAGGACAUUUUCAGGUACUCUUAAAGCCCGCCCCCUUCAUCUGUCAAUCAAACCAAAACUAUGAAAACAACAGCCGUGAAACCGUCACAUGACCUCUGUGUGUGUAUAGAUAAGGGGGUCAGGGGAACAGACCCAGACCCAGACCCAGACCCAGACCCGGCCUCCUUCUGAACCUCAUGAUGGAGCUGAUCCAGGAUCAGACCCUCAGACUCUCGGCUCCUCUGGGUCACAGAAACUGUUUCUGCUGCAGGUGCAGACGGCUCCACCUGCACCUGAGUGUGUGUGUGUGUGUGUGUGUGUGUGUGUGUGUGUGUGUGUGUGUGUGUGUGUGUGUGUGCGUGUGCGUGUGUUGCGUCCUGCUGCUUCAUUAGAGGAGGACAAUGAGACGAUGAGAGCGUUUGUCUCUGUUAAUAAAAGACACAUUAAUUCCUCCUCUGCUGGGUGAUCGCUCCAAACACAGCUCAGGGAGUGAGUGUGUGUGUGUGUGUGUGUGUGUGUGUGUCUGUGUGUGUGUACUAGUGUGUGUAAAUGCAUGCUUGUUCCAUUAAUAUCAGCGUAGGUGUUUGUAAUCCUCCAGUCUUACAAACGUUUUAAUCCUGAUUUUUAAAUCUGGUGAAUCCUUUGUGUUUACUUUAAAGGAACAGUACGUAAUUUUUUUGUCUCGCUCUUUUUCCUUUAAGCUGAUUAAUGAUCGUGUUUGAGAGAGUGUGAAACUGAAACUGCUGUUACAUCAAAAACCAUUCAAUAACGUUUAUCUGUGAACACUUCGGCAGAUUUAAGAUUUAUUCUGAGAUUUUAUUCUUUAUUUAGUGUAAAUAUUGACACAGUAUUUGUAGAAUCUGUACUGUGUUUCUUUGGUGCUGCCUCAAUGAAGUAUCUAUCUAUCUAUCUAUCUAUCUAUCUAUUUCAUAGAUCAUUGUCUCUUCGAUUCAGUUUCACACACUGUUACACCUCCUUUUUUCCUGCUUUUUUCCUUUUUUCUUUCCCUUUUCUUGUCUUAUUUUCUUCCCAUUUUUCCUAAUUUUUUUCCUAUUUCUCCUCUCUUUCUUUCCCUUUUCUUCCUUUUUUCUUCCCACUUUCCUCCUUCUUUCUUCCCUUUUCAUCCCCCUUUCUUUCUUUUUAAUCUUUUUCUUUCCUCUUUCUUUCUUUUACUUUCUCUUUCUUUCUUUUUAUCUCUCUUUCUGUCCUUUUCUUUCCUUUCUUGUUUUUUUAUCUUUUUCUCUCCCUCAUUCUUCUAAAUCUGUUUUUAUGACUCUAUCCUGUUUUUUUUUUAAUCUCUCUUCCUUCCCUUUCUUUUCCCUUUCUUUCCUCUUUCUUCUAAAUCUGUUUUUAUGACUCUAUCCUGUUUUUUUUUUUACGUCUCCGCAGACACCAUGCUGCUCCCAGCGAGCCUGCUGAUUGGCCUGCUGUGCCUGAACCAUGCGGGCGGCGUCUGGGGUUUCGCCCGUCUGCAAGACAACGUGGAGCUUCGCUCGGCCUUCUCCGUCGCACGCACCAACAGCAUGGAGGGCGGGCCCAAGAUGACGGUGACCUUUGACACUGUUUAUGUCAACAUCGGCGGGGAUUUUGACCCUAAGAGCGGCAUGCUGCGCUGCCGUAUCCCCGGGGCGUACUACUUCUCCUUCACGGUGGGGAAGUUUCCUCACAAAGACCUUUCGGUGAUGCUGAUGAAGAACAGAAACGAGGUGCAGGCCAUCGUGUACGAGGAGAACGCCGGAGAGGAGAGGAAGGUAGGCUUCAGACCUCAACGGGAUUCAUUUUAGUUAUCAAACUAACCGAGCGACUAAAGGGGUUUUAACGAUCUCUGUUCGUCUAAUUAAAAAAAGAAAACUAGAACUUUAGUCUGGGAGUCGUCUCUGUUCACACUCUUACUUAGUUUGGUGUAGUGUUGAGUCGUUCGUGAAUGAUACGUUCAAAAGAACGAAUCUUUUUAGUGAACAAACUGAACCGAAUCACUUCUUCAAGUGAUCUGUUUGUUUCUCAGUUCAGUUCAGCUGUCAGUAAGAACAUAACAUUUAUAAAUAGUGACUAAAACCUCCAGUUUGGGAAAAUGCCUGACUGUCUGAUCCUGUCACUGUGAUGAUUUAUGAGGGAACGGUUCAUUUUCAGUGGGAAUCUAAAUGUACUGUGAGAUAAACGUUCAGUGAACGAAUCACUCACUGAGCUCAGUUUACCGAGUAGAUAAAUAACACACCAUAGGACAGUUCACUUAAAACAUCAUGAUUUACAAAUGAGUUCAUUUUUACGAACCUGACAGACACAGACACAACACUCUCAUCUAUCGGUCCCAGAAACCGUGAUCUGAAACCUGAACCGUUCAGCUGUGAAUCAGUUCAGCAAGUCUUGUCGCAGGCUCCUCCCACCAAGCGCUAAAAUGAUUCGGUGAUUCUGUGAUUGAAUCAUUUGAACAAAUCUUUUUAGGGAACUGAUUCUAGACAUUCAGAACAUCUAAGCAAACUGCCGUGCCCAUCACUAGUUUGGUGGAUCUUCAAACUGUGAGGACCGACACGUCCGUCCAGACAGCGAAGUAAAUCCAUCCUCAGGAGUCACACUGUGGAGACGGGGCUACACCGCUGUCUCCACAAGUCGUCCUACAAAUCAAAAAAUCACUCUGUUCUCCGACACGUAAACAAUCAGCCGGUCGGCCAUGUUGGAUAUACCGGUGAAAUCAGAAGUGGACACACAGUAUGCGAAACUUUAGAAAAAUCGACCGUGAUCCGAAAAAAUAAAUGCCGCAAUAUUGCAGGACGGGAAAACGUCGCUGAUGUGAACGCUUGUAUUGACAGGAUACGGGUUCGAAAAGAAAUAUUGAUGUCUGAAAACAAAAAAACGCUCCUGGUGUGGAGGGACCUUAAAAGAGGAAGUUAAAAAAGUAAAUAGAAACAGUUUUGGUCUCUGAUCGGUCCAAGCGCCCCACUAGAGAAGUCCAAGUCCAUGUUACAGAAGUCUGCAUGUCUCCCGUCACUCUCUCCCCCUGUAUUUCCUGUCUCUCUUCAGCGUCCUGACGAAUAAAAGACAAAAAUCUAACUUUAAAAAAGGGAAUAUAAAAAAAAUACUCCUGAAAUUUAAACAAAAAGCUGAUUUUCUUUUAAACAUUUGCUGUUUCUGAAUAAUUCUCUUGAACCGGCUGAGAUCAGAUAAUAAAACCAGAGGAGGUCGUGUCGCUCUGAGUGAGCGGACUGUCGUGUCUCUGUCUCUGUCUCUGGUGUUAAAUCGUCUCUCGCCUGAAUCUUCUUUAAACUGCAGAAAUCUUCCGUCUUUAUAUGAAGACUCCGCUCUGCUCCAGGAAGGACCGAGUGUCUCUGAGGAAAUGGAAACACGGGUCUUUUGUGGCGUCAGAGCCCUGAAGCGUCUCUGAUCAGCGAGCGUGUUUGUGUUGUCGUGGCGACUAAAGCAGAACAUGGCGGAUUACACGCCUGAUUCUCCUGGAUGAGGAGCUGCGUGAGGAAGAUGAUGGGAUUAGGUUUGUGUGUUCAGACUCAGAUGAUCAGGUCUUCUUCUUCUUCUUCUUCUUCUUCUGUCCUCCGCAGGUUCAGAGUCAGAGCGUGAUGCUGCAGCUGGACUUUGGCGACACCGUCUGGCUCCGCCUCCAUGGUGACCCUCGCUACGCGCUCUACAGCAACACCGGACACUACACCACCUUCAAUGGUUACCUGGUCUACCCGGACACCUACGGCUACCAGACGCACCAUCACCACCAUCCGGUCUCCAACUCCCAGCAGCCCCUGCAGGAGAACGACCCCCUGUCAGGCACGAAUCAGGACGCAGAGCACUUCAAGAGCGCAACAAGAGACGCCCAAGAGGAGAAGGAGCGGCAGCACCGAGAGGAAGAGGAGGAGGAAGAGGAGGAGGAGGACGAGGAGGAGGACCAGAGAUCUGCUUUCUCUGUUGGACGCACUCAAAGCAUUGUGGGAGUCGACCAGGUGGGCCUGCCGCAGCACCAGCCCGUCAGCUUUGACACCGCCUUCGUCAACAUCGGGGAGGACUUCAACGUGACGGAGGGCAUGUUCACCUGCCGCGUCCCUGGCGCCUACUACUUCUCCUUCAACGUGGGGAAGCUGCCGCAGAAGACGCUCUCCGUCAAGCUGAUGAAGAACCGCCUGGAGGUCCAGGCGAUGAUCUACGACGACAGCCAGGGCGAGAAAGCUCUGCAGAGUCAGAGCCUGAUGCUGUCGCUGAAACCCGGAGACACGGUCUGGCUCUACUCACACCAGAGAGACGGCUUCGGCGCCUACAGCAACCACGCCAAGUACAUCACCUUCACCGGCUUCCUGGUGUACCCAGACUUCCCCACCACCUCCACCUCCACCUCCACCUCCACCAGCUCACCCACCAGCAGCCAGUCGUUUGCAGAAAAGAAACCGUAGCUGCAGCACACGAGACGCAGACUGAACUCUGACGGAGGAAAUCAUGCGGAGUGGAAAGUUCACCCAGAGGAGCCGCGUUUGAAACUCUCAUCAUGAAUGUUGUUUUGUGGUUUUCUUUGAAGCUUCCUCUUCGUACGAGUCCGAGAACCUCCAGAGCAGAGCGCCGAUGAAAACCGUUUCAUUUUCCAGUUAAUGGCUUCCCAGGAAAUUACUCCAUCUCCUUUAAACGUGGACCCUGAAGGACACUCGUGUGAACUCCGGUCGAAUGUUUCAGUCUGAAAUGAAAACUCAGUCAUUAGCGGCUCACCUGUGCGUCGGCGAAAAAGAUCGGUUUCCUCUCCAGCCCUCGAUCGUAAUGAUUUUAUCUUUUUUUACAGUUCAGAGAAACCGACAGUACGCCGUGAUUAAAGUACUGUGAAGGUGCAGAUCACAUCCUCACAUCCUCACAUCCAGAACCUGCAGCCAACAUCUCUAAUUGAAGCGAAACCACAGAAUCAAUGAAGUCUGAUUAUCAAGCUGAGGAAAACACGCCACGCCGUUUCACUGAACAGAGCGCCAAACUCAUUAAACGAGAAAACGAUCAGAUCAUUUUUAUUAUUCAUGUUCGGGGGAAAGUGACAAAUUAGUGAAGAAAGUUCAGGAAAGAUCUUCAGAGCAGACACACCUGAUCAGCAGAGACGCUUCACCCUGACACCGACGCGCUCAGACUGUUUCAAUGUUUCCACAGAGAGAGACAGUCUGGAUCUAAGUCCUCUAAACUGGUCAGGUGGUCCGGUCUGUAGGUCAGACCAGAAUGAGGAGCAAAGACGUUAAAGUCGUGACCUAAAGAGAGACACGUCCGAUCACUUCUUAGUGUUCGAUUUUCUUUAUCCGUCGUUGUUCUCAGACCGUCAUCGACCUUCAUUCACAAAGAUUACUGUAGGUCCUAAAAUUAGACUCAAAGAUGAAGAUGAAGAGGAGGUGUGUACGAUCGUAUCGUCUGCAUUAAAAUUAUUAUAAAGAUACAAAUAAAAAUAAACUAGAACCCAAACCGGAUCCUUGGGGGACACCGUUUUCUAUAUUUAAUGAAAAUGAAAGUGAACCUUCAGUUUCGACACAUUUCUCCAGUUUCCCGUGAACCGUUGUCGUUUACCGCACUUUAUAUCUCAACAGGAGACGACAGGAAGUAGGAGUGUCCCGAUACAACUUUUUCACUUCCGAUACGAUACCGAUGUCAUAGCCUUCAGUAUCGGCCGUUACCGAUUCCAAUCCAGUAUUAGCACAAAAUUUGUCCAUGACAAGUUUUGGACUCAGCUGCGACGUCUUUUUCAGACUUUAACGAAAAAUCCUGCCUCACAGCCGACAUCAGUCCUCCUCCUCUCUACGUUGUUCGUACCUGAGUACUGAUAUCGUAGAUUUUAGAUCAGGUCGAUAUAAUCCGAUAUUUGUUUUUUUGCUGAUAUCAAACCGAUAUCUGAUAUCAAUGUCGGAUUGGGACAUCAGUAACAGGAAGUAUGAUAGCUGUAGUCAAAAAGGUCGGGAUACUCCGAUAUUUGCGUUAUCGUUGUUCGUGUUUUCUGGCGUCAUUUAGAAACUUUCAGAGACUCGACCUGACCCCGACAUCAACCUCCGCCGUCAGUCGACCGACAAACCCAGCGGCUCUUUUAAAUUUUCCGUUCGGCUUUUUUCUGCGCUCCACACUUUGUCAACAACACGUGUAUCAUAAGUUCACGACAGAACGAUCACCGCUGUUUUUCCAGCGCUGUCGUGACACACCACGUCGCCAACGCCUUUGUAAACAAAGGUCAGGAUGAGCCGGGUCUCUGUCAGCGCUGUGGAAAAAGGAACACCCACCAGCUGGGUCUAACUUUAUGUUGCUCAGUCCUGUUCAGACCCAAACGACCGGAUUAUUCUGUCAGACUGUGAGAAUAAAGAUCUGAAUCUGUUUGUCGCAAAAACUAAAACUUUCUGUGGAAACUGUCGGAUUAAGAUUCAUCGACUGUCAGCUCUAAAAAAAAACAAGAAUGAGAGUUAUUCCUGUAUUUUUUUGUACUUAUUUGUCAUUUAGUCCCCGACAUAUAAUUAAAUAUAAUUAAAUGUGCAGAAUCUCCAAGUUUGGCCGCCCCCCUCCGCUCUUCUUCUUCUUCUUCUCUGGAGUUUAAAGCGACCUGAUCGAGCCGCAGCGAUGACUCAGUCUUCAUUUUAAAGUGAAAUCGUUUCUGCGUUUCUUCUUCUCGUCUCAGACUCGAUGUUUCUGCUCGUGUGUUUUUUAAAAAAGUUCCUUUUCUUUCUUUACGUCUUUAGAGGCAUGUGAAAAAACAACAGUUUAUGCACCGUGUGUUUCGUGUCCCGGUGAGUCUUUCUUCUUCUCUCCGCUCCGAAGUGUUUCUGGGUCACAGCGGGAGCGGAGGACAUCAGGACUGACGGAGCGCAGACUGCAGAACCGUCCCGUAGUACGAACUGUUGACCACACGCCGCCUCGGGGCCUGUCGGGAUCUCCACCAUAAUUUGAUUUCUAAUUUGAGCGGCGUUUAAUUCAUUUCUUCAGACGGCGACCACUGCGGGGGAAAUUGAACUGCUUCCCCGACCGGCUGUAACGUGCAUGUCUGUUUAAUUUCACGCCGCCUGGAGGAAGACGAUGCUGUUCAGAUUGGGAUGAACCUCCAUUUUAUGAAAUCACCUUCUCUGUUGGAGCGGCGCCGCCGUGUGACCUGACAUCGACGAUUCUUCAUCUCAUUUAACUGGAGGUGAAGGUUUCGAUACGAACCGUUGUCUUAAUACAUCAAAUGCACAAAGACUCAUUUAUGUCCUUUAGAGCGCGGUCAGAGACCAUGUGACCACAUGACCACAGUUUCCUGCAUGAACACGUGGAGCGACCAUCUCACCUCGCUGUUUUCACAACUUUACUGCUCAAAGAUAUCUGAGAAAUUAACCGACGAGUCAAAAGUCAAGUGCAGUGAAAAAAUAAAAGCACACACAUCAACAUGAACAGAGAUAUUAAUGUGGAGACCAAAACAGGAGCUUAAAGCAGAGCACAAACACAAAAAGGCACAGCGGGAUCUUCAAUAAAACUCAGAUAAAAAAACGGUUUUAUUUACGCCGAGGUCGUGGUGACUCCUGAGCUGAACGGGUCUGAAACCAGCUCCCUAAGAGGACUCCUGUGGGUCCUGGACCAAACCUGAGAAAGCACAGGUGGUCUGCAGGUGUCAUCAGAUCAGACUGAUGAUGAAGCAGUUGAGAGAGAGUUGAUGAAAGACGACGUCUGAGAGUUUAAGUUUUUAAAGGUGCAGUUCAGGUAUUUAGUCACACAAAUGAGCGUAAAAUCACCUGAGAAUCAACAUUUCAGAUCCACAGAGGAGGAUGAAAAUCACGGCACAGACCAGACGAGCCAGAAACAUGAUUCUGUGAGAGUCUCAGUGAUUAUCAGGCGACUAAGAAAAAAGAGAAGAGAGCGUUUUUGUCGUGCACAAGAAUUUCUAAAAACUUCAAAAAUGGAGGAUCUUAAAGAAUCAUGGAGGCUUUUUGUCCUUAAAGGCCACCGUCUCUCCACCAGCAGGAGGGGUGAACAAGGGAGCGAUUCAAUCUUUAAACUGUUGGAUAUCAGGAGAUGUUCCUGUUUCUGCACAAUUUACCUUAAAACUAAUUAAUUCAGCAGAGAGUUAUCGCCACUUUAAAUAAUUAUAGUUAAAAAAAAAUUUAACGUUAAAAUAGAGACCUUAGGUCAGUCUGAAUUUUCCCGGCCAUUCUUACUAUGAGUGAUAAAUUAAAGGGAUAUUCCGCAGAAAAAUCAAUUUAGGGUCAAACACCCCGUGACAUCAUUUCUUCAUGGAAAUACAAUCAGACCGAGACGCUGAGGCAGAAGAACUACAGCGUCUGUAAAAUGAUUAAUAUGGUGAUUAUUACUUCAAGGAAAUGAUGAAGAAAUGAUCAUAAAUGUUCUUCCUUGAGCUGCGUCACCCCGCUGUAGUCUGUAAUGGACUGGCCCGAGGUCUCUCUACAAACAAGCGGCUGCUGGAAGAGAGUAGGUGAGUUGUGUUUAGUCUCUUUGCUAAAGAAAUGAGUCAAAGUUAAAAAGAUGUUUGGUGUCUAGUACUAUGUCUGUGACCCUAUAUGUCCUGUUGAUGAAGUUAGGUGCUGUUCUGAGCAUUAUUUGUGGCUAUAGAGUGGCGUUUUGGUUGAGAGCGUGGCUCUCUGUAUUGCUAUCCUGCGGUCGUUACUAAAGUUGGUAUAACUAGAGAAGCAAGCGGUCGACAACAUUCAUCUCUGGAGGGGGGGUCUAACUCGGUGUUACCGUGUGUUUGACCCUGAAUUAAUUUUAUGCUGGAAUAUCCCUUUAAAACAGAUCGAUUCAGCAGAGGAUUAUCGGCUUUAAAUAAUUAUUUUAGGAUUUUUUAUCUUUUUUUAAAGACAGAAUAAGGUCAGGAGGUCAGUCUUAAUUUGGUACUUUUGAGAGUUAAAUAAAAGUAAAUGUGAUUUUGAUUAUUCACACUCAGAACAAAUAAAUGAAGAGAUCAGAUUCACUCUUUCAACAACGAGGAUCAUCAAAACUGAAAAAUCCAUCAGAACAAAAUCAACUUAAACUCAAAGACGGAGACAGGAGUGAAAACGUUUAAAAUAAACUCUAAAGCAUGAACACAGAGAGCAGGAGAGCUGCUGGAUCUCCGUCCUUCACCUCUGCCUGCUCUCCUGGUCCACAGGGACACGGUCUCACACCCUCAGAAAUCUAAUAACAGCCCGUUAUUCUCAGGAGUCACACACACACACACACUCACACACUCUCUCUCAGCAUCACUAAUCGACAAUUUCCUGUCCUCCACGGCUGCAGCGGCUCUGAAGAAAGUGACAACAGUCUGCACAAUGAGCUGAUUUUCUUUUUUCACGGUCUGAAAUGAAAGCGUGAGUGUUCCUCAUUCUGAGUUCAUCGUGGAUUCUGUCACAGUCUGACCUUCGGUGGUUUCUCCAUUUCAGCCUCACAGCAGGUUCACCUUCACGCUGACCUGACUCCGAUCAGGACUAAGAGCACAGGAGUCCCUCACGGUGGUUUUUGAUAUGCAUGCAUGUACGUGAAAAAAUAAAGAGGUCUGAGCGUGUUCACGGCUCAGUCUGCAUCUGUCAGUAUUUACCUGUGAACUGACUGACUUCUGUUGGAUGUUUCUGCUCUGUGCUUCUUUCUUUUCUGAUCAAACCGACCACGCUUCGGUCUCUCUGUAUCAGUAACCAUGUGGGUCACAGAAAACUCUUCAUGGUUGUUGCUCCAGACAAAAUCAGCUGAUAUAAAACUACAACUAAAGAUGGAGCUGAAGCCGUGGUGACCCGUGUCCUGUUUUCAGUCGUCUGUUGACUCUUUGAAACGUUCAGAGUAUUUCUUACGUGUUAAAAAUGAAUGCUUCUAUGAAAAUGUUUGACAAAAUAAAACGUGACAAAAAUAAAACAGACUGAGCUGUCGCUGCAUUAUUCCUAUCAGGACACCAGGAGAUUCAGAACACAGAGAGCACCACCUGCAGGCGGUGGAUGUGCUCUGCAGGUCAAGACUGACAGAAGAUCAGAGAGGAGAGACUCAGCGGGGGCUGAGGAGAUGGAAAUAGUGGAGAUUUAAACAUUUUUAAAACGACUGAAAGUCACUCCAGUCCAUCAAUUUUCUGCAAACAUCGUUUUUCAUCUGAACAUUCUGCAGAUUUUCCACUUUGAUGAAGUUAAUUAUGGAGCCUUGAGUGUAUUUAAGUUCAGGCUUUGGUGCUUCAGAGGUCCCUCCUCUUUCCACUGUCCCAUCUCUCUAUUUUCUAUUUAUUCAUUUUUUAAAAUGGGAACAGUACAAACUGAUGUAAAUCUGUGGGAUUAUAGCCAAACGGCUAAUUUCCAUCCCCAGUCCUACUGAGAGGUUGAUAUUAAACAUAAAAGCAAAUAAUGUUAAAAGUACAAACAACAUGACAGAGACUGUAAAACACUGACAACACACACAUAAUAUACAGAAACACCGAACACAGACCAGAAACUAAGUGACCAAAAGUAAGAGGACCAAAAAGAUUAAAAGAGAGAAUUCUAAAGAGCUAAAGAGCUAAUUAAAGUGUCAUGUGUUAAAGGUGUUUAAAGUGACAUUUACUACAGUACAGCUUGUUAAAGUGACGAGUCCAGAAGUACGAAGUUACAUUAAAUUGCACCAGCAGAUGUUUGUCUCUCAGCAAACAUAUUAAAGGAACAGAGAUUGUUCAUCUUGAAGUCGAUUAUGUUAAAGACAGCAUGGAGGACACGAGUAUGUCUGCGUGUAAAAGAAGCUGCUCUGUAAUCGUGUCAUUUAGUGACUUUUUUUGAGGUUUAAAACUCCAAUAGAAAUUCAUGAAAACCAUCUGCUCACUUUAUUUUAAUUCAUUGAGUUUUAUUCACACAGUUGUUAAAAAAACAACAUUUCCAAAUAAGAUUUACAUGGAGGAAAGUUUGAAAAAGUCAGAAUUUGAACAUUUAAGUAAAAAAUAUCACUAAUGCACGGUGGACUGUAGCUGCACUGCUACUUAUGCAGAGAUAGUAACAGCUGUCAAGGAGCUUCGACCAAUCAGAAUCCAGUAAUUAACACAGUCCAGGUGUAUCAGGUAUGAUGUAAUGAGGGCGUUAAAACAUUAAAACCACGACGGCUGUGAAAACUGCACCGGUGUUACAGUUAGAGCUGGG